CAAAAUGGUUGGAGCCUGCAUUAUCAUAAAUGUCUGUAGCUAAAACAGACACAUAAACUGAUAGACCCCAUCAUCAUAAUUCAAUACCAUCCCUUUCUUUUUACUGUUGAUUAGCAAUAGUUUCAGUUUAGCAUUUAAUUUAUCAGCUCUUCAAUCUCUUAACUCAGAAGGGCAGCAGCUAAAUGGCUGCCAAUUUUGCUCUCCUUCAAGUCCCAUCAUCCAUCUCUGCUAAGCACCAUUGUUUGCAAACUAAGUUUCAAGUUAGAAGAGUUAAACCCAUCAACCUAUCUUCAUUCCCUCCUACCCAAAAUGGGAAGCGUAAAUUUGCUGUUAUUUCAUGUGCUUCCUCAAAGGGAAGAGAGCCUGAGUCAGAGGAAGAUCCAGUCAAGAGUGUAGAGAGGAUUCUUGAAGAGAAACGACGAGCUGAAUUGUCUGCUAAGAUUGCUUCUGGAGAGUUCACUGUACAGCAAUCUGGCUUUCCAUCUAUAUUGAGGAAUGGUUUGUCAAAACUGGGGGUUCCAAAUGAAACUUUGGAAUUCCUAUUCAAAUGGGUCGAUGCUGGUGAAGGUUAUCCUAAGAUUCCAGAGGCAAAAGGAGCAAUUAGUGCCAUUAGAAGUGAGGCUUUCUUCAUACCCUUGUAUGAGCUUUACCUCACUUAUGGUGGAAUUUUUAGAUUAACUUUUGGACCUAAGUCCUUUCUGAUUGUUUCUGAUCCUUCUAUUGCGAAACAUAUACUUAGAGACAAUUCAAAGGCUUAUUCAAAGGGUAUCUUGGCUGAAAUUCUAGAUUUUGUCAUGGGGAAAGGACUCAUCCCAGCUGAUGGAGAAAUAUGGCGUGUCAGACGACGUGCUAUAGUCCCAGCUUUCCAUCAGAAGUAUGUAGCAGCCAUGAUUGGCUUGUUCGGACAGGCAACAGAUAGGCUUUGCAAGAAGCUUGAUGCAGCUGCAUCUGAUGGGGAAGAUGUAGAGAUGGAAUCACUUUUCUCCCGGUUGACAUUAGAUAUCAUAGGGAAGGCAGUAUUUAAUUACGAGUUUGAUUCACUUGCAAAUGAUACUGGAAUAGUUGAGGCUGUUUACACAGUUUUGAGAGAAGCAGAAGAUCGAAGUGUUGCACCAAUUCCAGUCUGGGAGAUUCCAAUUUGGAAAGACAUCUCACCACGGCAAAGGAAAGUCUCGGCAGCCCUCAAGUUGAUCAAUGAUAUACUUGAUGACCUUAUUGCAUUAUGCAAGAGGAUGGUAGAUGAAGAAGAGUUACAGUUUCAUGAUGAGUAUAUGAAUGAACAAGAUCCUAGUAUUCUCCACUUCCUGUUGGCAUCAGGGGACGAUGUUUCUAGCAAGCAACUUCGUGAUGACUUGAUGACAAUGCUUAUAGCUGGACAUGAAACGUCAGCUGCAGUUUUAACAUGGACAUUUUAUCUUUUAUCCAAGGAGCCAAGUGUCUUGUCCAAGCUCCAAAACGAGGUUGAUACAAUUCUAGGAGAUCGAUUUCCAACUAUAGAGGACGUGAAGAAACUCAAGUACACAACUCGAGUAAUCAAUGAAUCUUUGAGGCUCUAUCCACAACCGCCUGUAUUGAUUCGGCGUUCUCUUCAGGAUGACAUGCUUGGGAAGUACCCCAUAAAAAGGGGAGAAGAUAUAUUUAUAUCUGUUUGGAACCUGCAUCGCAGUCCACAUUUAUGGGAUGAUGCAGAAAAGUUUAACCCUGAAAGAUGGCCUUUAGAUGGGCCAAAUCCAAAUGAGACAAACCAAAAUUUCUGUUACUUGCCCUUUGGUGGAGGACCAAGGAAAUGUGUUGGGGACAUGUUUGCUUCAUUUGAGACUGUUGUGGCAACAGCCAUGCUAGUUCGAAGAUUCAAUUUUCAGCUAGCCCUUGGAGCCCCUCCUGUUAAAAUGACAACAGGAGCGACAAUCCACACAACAGAAGGAUUGACGAUGACAGUAACACGAAGAAUACAACCUCCCAUAAUGCCAAUGCUGGAUAUGCCAGCAAUGAAAGGGGAUGCACCUGGAAGUGUUCCCAGCGGGGAAUCUCAGCUCGGUCAGAAAGGUGAAGUUUCUCCUGCCCAUUCCUGAUUUGAUAUAAGCCCAUACCUUUGCUGUGAUUCAAUUAAUAGGGAGUAGAAGGAAAGAAAAAAGCAAAAAACCAAUCUGGAAGAGGUCGAAAUGUCUUCAUUUUCCAAGUUUUUAAAGUUGGUAGCAAAGCAAUGUACCCUCCUCAGAGAGAUAUAUAUAUACCCCUUUGCACUUAUAAUGUAAGAAACUGUUGAAAUCUUGAAGUUGGUUAUUAUAAGACAAUUUUUGCA